AUGCUGCCAGCGCAGCAGCUGACGCCGAUAAGCCCAUGGCCACCCGACACCAACCUUUUGGACCGCAUGGACGAUCUGGCGCACAAAGGAGGCAGACCGCUGCCCGACUCCACGCGGCAGAAGAUCGUCGAGCUGGCACACUCCGGCGCCCGACCCUGCGACAUCAGCCGCAUCCUGCAGGUCUCCAACGGCUGCGUUUCCAAGAUACUUGGCAGGUAUUACGAGACCGGCUCCAUCAGGCCAAGGGCUAUCGGUGGGUCGAAGCCCAGGGUCGCGACAGCGGAGGUCGUGAGCAAGAUCGCUCAGUACAAACGUGAGUGUCCUUCGAUCUUCGCCUGGGAGAUUCGGGAUCGUCUACUCAGUGAAGGCGUAUGCACGUCAGAUAAUAUACCCAGUGUAAGUACAAUACAUAUUAACAUGUGCUUAACCUAUUAA